AUGGUGAGGGACUUUCUCGGCACCACUGCAGCUCGACCAUCCGAACCGAGACCAGGAGAGGGAGUGAGCCGGCGGAGGAGCGGCCGUCACCCCCGUGUCUUUGACGACGGCGUCCGUGUGUCCCCUGCUCAGCUCCUGGAUGGCCGCGCAGGUGACGAAGAGGAGAUGAUGGUUGCAGAGAGGGAGGAUACUAAUGAGAUCUUUUGAGGGGAAAAAACGAUCAUCUACGGCGCCGGAGAACAAUGACACCGUCGUUUGGGAGAAAAACGGUACCGUUCCUCCUUUCUUCUUGAGACUGCGCUCUCUCUGAAAUAAGAUGCUUUAAGCACAAAUGUCACCAUUUUCCUGCUCCGAAGGCUCGUCAGGGCGCGCUGCUGAAAUCACUGUAAGGUAGCGGGAGCCUCGUUAUUGCCACACACUGUGCCAAACAUUGCGGAUGUUUCCAAAAUAAAUAAAUAAUCGAAGCUUUUUCAUUUUCUCAUUCCUCUCCAAGCUUGAGAAAAACGAGCGUUUCCAACAUGCGGAGCUGA